AUGAAACGUCGGCCCAUACCGCACCUACUACAAGAGAAACAAGAAAAUCCGACCACAAAGGGAGGGGAGGUUGUAGCCCCGUUAGUACCGGCCGCGAGGAGACUGCCUCUUUGUAUUACGACGCAACCGAAGAAUCGAGUAAAGACAAGCAACACAAUCUAUCCCCCGUCAAGGAACAAGAAAACAGCAACUGAAGCGGCUAGUGAAAUCAACAAAACUGUAGGGGAAGGUCUCCUCAACGAGGGACUCGCACAUCGUUGGUUUCAGAAAUUUUCUAGUGAUGAUACAUCCUUCGAAAGGAAGAAGGGCUCAGGGCAACUGUAACUCAAUACUGAUGAGGUUCCAUCAACAAGUUCCAAAUCCAUCCACAAAUACUCGUGAUACUUCCUGACAGACCAAGGUAAAAUUCUAAAAUCUUGGUGGUAUCGAACUUCUUUCGCACCCAUCAUACAGUCCGGAACUUGCUCCAUCUUUUCUUUUUUUCCAGAUUUUUAUUUGUUUUAAUUCAUGGCCCUCUGCUUGAAAGGAAAAUAAAUUACUACAUUUCACAAUAUUGAAACAGCGGUUCAAUAAUUUUACGAUAGCCAUCCAAAGAGUGAUAUCUGCACGAGAUCAAACAGAAAUGGG